AUGCAGAAAAGUUUCGUUUCGGCAUUCAAACUUGAUGGCGUGCCUAUUUUGCCACCGCUGAUCACCGAUGAAGUGCGUGCAAUGGUUGAGCUUAGUAGACAGCAGGCUGUGGCUAUCGAGCAAAAACUACUGCAAAAGCGACGAAAUGUGGCUCUACAGAAGCAGUGCCUUUACGAGCAAUCGGAAGGACUGCAACAACCGGCAGUGCUUUAUCCGUCACCCGAGUUAGACCUUUCUACUCAUUCACCUCCGGACACAAGAGAGGAACAAUAUCACGCUGGAGACUUUGAAAUUGUGGAUGAAUCACCGCAAGCAGAUCACGAAGAUGGUGCUGCUGGUGCUCCUGCCAGCGCAGUGCCGGACGUUAAGCAGGAACCAGCGCUGCCAGUACCUCCCGAAAAGUCACCCGUUGUUCUUAGUGAUCAGCAAACUUCUAGCUCUUUUUGUAGCCCCCCGGAAACAGUUGAAACAGUCAACACAAUCGUAUCAAUCGACCCCGACGAUCAAACCAUAGCCCCGGUAACACGCACCGUUACUCCGACGUCGGAGCAAAUGCUUCCGUGGGUCACGUUGGUACGAAGCAAUACGUUUGAUUUGAAGAAACCAACCAUCGACUUAAGCAACCUAGAGGGGCUGCAGCACUCCACGCCGGUCGAUCGAUCUAAAGGUAGCGCCGUCGAAGGUUUCAUACGCUCACCAAAGGGCGAAGUUAAAUCGACUCCUGCUCGAACCAGCUCUAAAACAGGUGCCCAUCGACCAACACCAGCUGAGCGAAUCAGACCUCAUACAAUGCCUCGCAUUGCACCAGCGGCAACUGCACUGGUGUCGCAUCAACCCAAGCAACCCGUUCCGUUGAAACGAAAAUCGCGCAACCGUAAAAUCAGCAACUGCUCGGCCGCUUCCAGUUCCACCGUGAAUCUGAGUGUGGAAAGCAUUUCGAGUGCACUGUCGGAACACGAGCAGCGGAUGGCGGAGCUGUUGAAGCGACAGGAAGAAGAGCGGCUACUUUUGGAGAAAAGUUUUCGGGAGCAAACGCAAGAACUUGUGGCCCUGUGUGCCAAAUCUUUGCCUGUGGCCAACGAAACACCAACAAUGGCUCCUAGUGGCAGCACCGACAUCAAACCAGCUCUGAGCGUGAGUCUGCUGUCGCUCUGUGACGUGUCGUAUGAAUCGUGCAGCGACACCGAUGAUGCCGCUUAUCAGACGUGCCAGAAUAACGGAACAUCGGAAGAACGAUUGAGUAGCAAUGGCGAAACGGCGUUGGCACCAGCUUCGCCGAGGCUAGACACAAACGGAAAUCGCCGAAUGGCCAACCGUAUCGAAGAAGAACGGCUUCUGCGGGCCGGCACGAUCAUCAAUGCUUACGCCAGGGGCUACCUAACAAGGCGCCUCUUCCGAACGCAGAAGAUACAGUCAAUCAAACAAACUAUUGUAGAUAAUCUUUGCCUUAUCCUGAACUCACGCAACGAAACAAGUGGAAAAAGUGAUCCUAUGGCCGUAUCAUUGCGGCGGAAAGCCUUCCAACGGGUUGCCCUUUGCCUGGACAACCUGCACGAAAUUUUUAUCGACUACACGCCCCAGAAACGGCUGCAGAUGAUUCAACGCGAUCGGUACCUGAAGCAACAGCAAGCAGCCCAUCAUCGACAAAAUAGCCCUUCGCUUAAAAUGCAGGGAUCAGUGCAGCGGCUUGGUUAG